AUGGGCAUGGAUAAAUUGAUGGACGCCCAGCACAAAUUUCAUGCCAGAUUUCAGGAGCUGCACGAGGAGCUCCGCAAUAAGUACUGGAAAGAAAUCAAGGACGAUGAGUACUCCUUAGACGACCUCCCAAGCAAGGUCGAAACGGCGUAUUACUCACAACACUCCAAACUCGCCGAGAUGGAAGAGAGGCUUUCCAAGCCGUCGAAAGCUGACAUCUCCAAGAGGGCUCGAGGAAGCGCGCCGUCCCGCAAAACCUUGCCACGCAUCAAUCUGCCUCAAUUCAGCGGCAAGUUCGAGGAUUGGCCAAGCUUCCGGGACCUGUUCUGCUCCAUCAUCCUCGGGGAUCCAUCCUUGACUAAGAUCGAGCAGCUGCACUAUCUCAGGACGAGUGUCAAGGGCGACGCGGAGCAGCUCAUCCGGAACCUACCUUCCACGAAAGACAACCUGGAACAGGCAUGGGACAUGCUGACGACUUACUUUGAGAACAAGCGCCUCCUCGUGCGUUCCUACCUGACGGCCUUCACCUCGCUGCUGCGGAUGAAGACUCCCUUGGCCGACGAAAUCCGUCGGAUCUUUCACGGUGUACUCACCACAGUCGGCGCGCUGAAGGGCAUUGGACGUCCGAUAAGCGACUGUACCGAUUUCUUUGUGCACCUGGUCGUCGAGCUGUUGGACGCCAAAACUCGACGCGAGUGGGAGAGUUCGCUCGGCAAGUCUGCUGAGCCGCCGUCGUACGACAUGCUCCGGGAGUUUCUGCAGGAACAGCUGAUAACCUUGGAGGUCCUCCAGUCCACCAGGCCCGGACCAUCAAGCAAGCCCUUGGAGAAGUCCAACCGCGCCGCUCGCACGAGCCACGUGGGGAGCAAGGGAUCAGACCCGAGCCGCAGCCGUCCGCUCUGCAAAAAGGAUCACUUCAUCGCGUACUGUGAGCUGUACAAGAGAAGGACAGUGGCUGAAAAAAAGAAGGCAAUCAAUGCUCACCAACGGUGCUGGAACUGCCUGGGUCGGCAUCUCCUUGCUGAUUGCACGUCUUCCAAGGUGUGCAUGAAGUGCUCUGGCAAGCACCAUUCGUCUCUUCACGACGCCUUCACCGCUGUGGCUCUGCCUGCUGCCGGACCAUCUUUCGCGGUGACGACCCACGUCGCCAGGCGACCGCCGGUGGAAUGUCGAUCAGCACUUCUGGCAAUCGCGUGCGUGCUGGUGACUGAUCGCGCGGGCACUCGCCACGACGUCCGCGUCCUGAUUGACCCGGGUUCGGAGACAUUACUGAUCGCGGAAUCUCUGGCACAACGCCUUCGCCUGCCGCGGACUUCUUCCUCAUCGGCCAUCUUCGGAGUAGAUGGCAUCCAGUCAGGCGUCUCUCGAGGGCAAACAGCGGUCACCAUCUUCUCGCUCGACGGGCACUUCGCGCUCGCCGCAUCGCCACUCGUGCUGCCGCGCCUAACCGUGUACGGUGGCAUUCCUGAGGGAGAAGCUCGAUCAUGGCCGCACCUUAAUGACCUCGACCUCGCUGACCCUGAAUUCCACCGCCAGGAUCCCGUGGAAUUGCUGCUCGGUGCGGACGUCUACCUGGAUCUUGCCAUACCGGAGGGUCUUCGUAGAGGAGGACCACAGGAACCAGGAGCGCUGCUGACGCGCUUCGGAUGGAUGCUGUUGGGCGCCGUCGGGGCCUGCCACAUCACAAACCCUGUGUCGUCGUUGCAAUGCAUCACAGUGAAGGACCUUGCCGAGCUGGUGCGUCGUUUUUGGGAAACGGAGGAGCCCCCCCGUGCCGUCCUUCCGCUGACCGCUGACGAGCAGGAGUGCGAGAACUACUUCUUGCGCACCCAUCGACGACUAGCAGACGGCCGCUAUCAGGUGCGGCUCCCGCUGCGAUCGAGGCUGCCGGACCUAAGCUCCACCCGUCGCGCCGUGUCACGUCUCCUCGACGUCAUGAGGCGUCGCUUUGAUCGCGACGACAACUUCGGGGUACUGUAUCGCGACUUCAUGCGCGAGUACAUCACCCUCGGGCACAUGACGCUCGCUGCCUCCACUGUGGCUUCACCAGGUGACCGGAUCAACUUCUUGCCGCAUCAUGGGGUGCUGCGGACUUCGACUGCCGGCUCCAAGAUCCGCGUCGUCUUCAACGGAUCAGCUCGCACGGGCGCCGGGGCGUCUCUCAACGGUGUGCUGCACGCUGGGCCUAACUUGCUGUUGUCUCUCGCUGAUGUCCUGACUCGAUGGCGGCGGCACCGGUACGUCUUCAUCGCCGAUGUCCAGAUGGUGUACCGGCAAAUCCAACUUCAUCCGGACGAUCGAGACUUGCAGCGGAUCCUGUGGGCAGAGGACAACGAGGUGAGAGAGUACCGGCUGAAUACUGUCAUGUAUGGCUUGGCGAGCGCACUAUACCUCGCCAUACGAGUGCUACGGCAGCUUGCGUCGGACGAAGCCAACCGCUUUCCGCUCGGUGUCGAUGUACUGCAGCACGACGUGUAUGUGGACGACAUACUUACCGGAGCUGCUGACUUGGACGUUGCUCGCUGCCUCCUGGGACAGGUGACCUCGCUCUGCAUGGCGGGCGGCUUUCCGUUGAAGAAGUGGGCCUCCAACGACAACCGCCUCCUGGAGAUCAUCCCGGUCGAGCAUCAGCUAGGCACGACGACCGGCGCGAGGCUACCUGCAGACGAGCACUCGGUGCUGGGUCUCCGCUGGAAUCGCGAGAAGGACACCUUCUCGCUGUCUGUCCAACUGACUCCAUCGGCCCCACCUACCAAGCGGACCGUGCUGGCGCAGACCACUCGCCUGUUCGACCCGCUGAGCUGGCUAGCAUCGAUCCUCGUGCGUACAAAGUUGCUGAUCCAGUCGGCGUGGCUGCAGCAGCUCGAGUGGGACGCACCGCUCUUACGCGAAGACACCGCCGCAUGGACAGCCCUCGAGGAGGAAUUGCCGUCACUGAAGGAGAUCCGACUGCCACGUUGGCUACACAGCAACACUCCACACAGCUCCGUGGCGCUCCACGGCUUCUCGGAUGCUUCCGAACGAGCUUACGCUGCUGUGGUCUACAGCAGAGUGGAGGAUGGCGGACUGCCCCGCAUCAACCUGGUGGUCGCCAAGAGAAGGGUGGCCCCGUUGAAACGUGUGUCGCUGCCGCGACUAGAACUCUGCGGAGCGGCUCUGCUGUCAAAACUAGCAGAGCAUGUGCGGCUCUCCUUGGGUCUGGAAAGGUCGGCCGUCACUCUCUGGACGGAUUCCACGGUGACGCUUGGCUGGAUACGUGGACAUCCUGCAAAGUGGAAUACGUACGUAGCCAACCGCGUCGCUGAAAAUCACCGCGACAACCAAGAUGCAAGAUGGCGGCACGUACCUGGCAAGGAGAAUCCUGCAGACUGUGCCUCCCGAGGGGUGUCGCCGAAGAAGCUCCUGGAGCAUCCUCUGUGGUGGCGAGGGCCGGAAUAUCUCCGCCAUCACGCGGACUUCUGGCCGAAGGACGUCGGACCCUUGGGGACGGCCGACUUACCGGAGCAGCGACCGUUCCGAUGCCAUGUAGCCGCCGAGGAGCUAAGGAGCUCUGCCGCUUCUCCUGCCUUCGUCGCCUAUAUUCGCGUGUCCGCCUGGAUCUGGCGCUGGAGGGCACGAGGACGUCACUCAGCAAACAGCAAAGCUGUGUCGACCUCCUUGGAACCUGAGGAGCUGGAGGCCGCUUUGUCAAGAUGGAUCCGGGUAGCUCAGAAGUCGAGCUACCACGCCGAGCUGCAGGACGUCCGUGCUGGAAGAACGCUGCCUGCCCGGAGCUCACUCCGCAAGCUGGUUCCCAUGUUGGACGACGAGGGCACCCUGAGGGUCAGCGGGCGUCUGAAACACGCAAUUUUGGAUGCCGAUCAACGUCAUCCUGUCAUCCUACCGCCGCAGUCUCAUCUGACUCACCUGGUGAUUGGCGCCGCCCACAAGCAAAUACUUCACGGCGGAGUCCAGGCCACCUUGGCGCACAUCAGCUCCCGCGCCGUACAUCUUGAAGCCGUCAGCGACUACACCGCCGAGGCCUUCCUAGUGGUCUUUCGUCGGUUCGUGUCCCGACGAGGGUUGUGCACAGUCGUGUACAGCGACUGCGGCACUAACUUUGUGGGCGCUGACCGACAGCUCAAGGACCUCUUCAAAGCUGCUGGCCGUGAGAUUCAGACGAUUGUUGGGCACCUGGCAGACCGAGGAAUACGGUGGAGCUUCAAUCCACCGGCAGCUCCACACUUUGGCGGCCUGUGGGAAGCGGCGGCCAAGGCUGUCAAACACCACCUGAAACGCACCAUCGGCGAGACCAGACUGACCUUUGAAGAACUGUCGACGUUCCUUACAGAGGUUGAGGCCUGUUUCAAUUCAAGGCCGCUCGAGGUUUUAACGGACGACCCUGACGACCUCAGUGCCCUGACGCCUGGGCAUUUCCUGGUGGGAAGCCCUCUUCUCGUCAUCCCAGAGCCGUCACUCCUGGAUGCGUCAGCCAACCGGCUGAAUCGGUGGCGGCUCCUGCAGCAGAUGCGGGAUCACCUGUGGCAGCGGUAG